CUGGAACUCAACAAGAAAAUUUUCAACAGAGAAGUCUUGAAAUCGCUCAAUGGAAUCGGGAAGUGAAGAUAAUUCGAGUCGGAAAUUGCGAAAAUGUUGUGAUGGGGGUGAAGUUUCUGAUGGUAAUUGUUUGAUUCCGGUCGAUCGGAUUAGCUUUUUGCCGGAAUCAGUCAUUCGCCGCAUUCUGUCCUUCCUCCCGACAAAAUCCGCCGUAGCAACCAGCUUCUUGUCCAAACGUUGGUCACUCCGAUGGACUAAACUAACCUGCUUCGAUUAUAAGGAUCUAUUGUGGUCUUCUGGGUCCCACAACAGCGACGGCGAGGACGAGAACGGCGACGAGGAGGGCUCUUAUUCCGGGAACCGUGGUCAUGGAAUUUCGAAGAUGGAUUUUGUGGGCUUUGUUAACAUGGUUUUGCUCCAUCAGGAUGCUGAAAACACAAUCGACAGGUUUCAUCUCGAAAUUAAGAACCGCUCAUUACGUAAUUCCCCGAUUAUUACAUGGGUCAGUACUGCUAUUAUUAGAAAUGUUCGAGUUCUUGAAUUGGAUGCGUCUUCAUUAGUUGAUGACGAUGAUGUUGAUUCUGAUGAUGCUUAUGAUGAUUAUCAUGAAUAUGAGUUUCAUUUACCUGUUGCACUGUAUACUUGUGGUUCAUUAGAGGUUUUGAAAUUAAAAGGGGCUUUUCUGGUUAAAGUACCCCGUGUGGUUUCUCUUCCGAAACUUACUGUUUUGGAACUCGUUUCGGUUAGAUAUCAAUCAGAUGAAUGUAUUCGUCGCCUUAUUUCCGGUUCUCCAAUGCUUCAGACUCUCGCGGUUGACAGGUAUCACUCUGAUGAUGGCAUGACAGUUUGUACCAUUUCUUCGCCUGUACUUAAACGUCUUAGGUAUUUUCAUGAGUCAUGUGAGAACUGCGAUUCUCCGGAUGAUCAUGAUUCUAAGCUUAAAAUUGAUGCACCUGCACUUGAAUACCUUUCCCUGAAGGAUUUUUUGUUGGAGAAAGUAACUCUGCGAGGUUUAACUUCUUUGAAUGAAGUAGUUCUUGAAAUCCCUUCUCAUGUGAACACUGUUGAGCUAGUCCAAGCUUUUGUUCAUGUGAAGUAUCUGACAUUAUGUGAUUUUACUGUAAGAAAUCUCAGCGAAGCCACAAAAAAGUUGUCGUCAAGUUUUGACAAUGUUACCAAAUUGGUUGUUCGGGUCCAGUGCUGUGAGUUAUCCUAUCUGAUGAACUUAAUUGAUCUUUGUGCCACAUUAAAGGUUCUCCAGAUUGAGAAGGUCCAAUCUUUCCCAAUUCACAACGAUUGUUGGAAGGCCCCUAAUGGUGUUCCUAGAUGAUUGUUAUCCAGUCUCGCCCAAGUUUCAUAUUUGAACUUUGAAGGCCAAGACAGUGAGAUGGCCAUGUUAAGGUUUAUCGUUCAACAUGCUUCAGUGAUGGCGAGACUUGAUAUAUGCCGUAAUCCAGAAUGUGCUUAUCCUAAGCAAAAGACUAAUUCAUUCAAGGAGAUGUUAAUGUCUUCUGCAGUCUCUCCAACUUGCAAAAUCUCAAUUUCUUGAGAUGGCAUUGUCAAUGGGUGCUGAAGGAAGAUGCAGUAUUUUUUUAAAAGUUCUUACAUGUUCCGGUUUUCAUUUGCGGAUGCACUUUUAGGGAUCUUUUGUUUGUUUUAUGUCAAAUAUUGGUCCUUGACUUUGGGUUUGUAGUGUUUAUUUUGUGGUUUCUAGAAUCAAGUUUGUGUCUACUGGUAAAUUGGAUAACCGGUAAGAUGCAUUUCCUUUUAAUGCUUUCAGCAUCUUUCGAAAUAUAGCUUCUUCGUCUUGGUAUUCUCCUUG